AUGCUUGGUCGUCGAAUACCGGUUGUCCAGCGGUAUGCCAUAAAUAUUGCAAGACAGCGAUUUUCGACCUCUCUUUCACCAUGUAGGGCCAUUUUAGCAUGUCAAUCUCUGCCAAUUUCCAACACAGCUGCCAGAAACAUCACGUUACAAAUGAGCUACAUACCGAUAAGAGCCAUUCAUGCCAGUGGCAUACGACUCGGUGACGUGAUUGUGGUGGAAGGACCAGCAUUUGCGGAGUCAAUUUCUGAAGGAGAUAUACGAUGGAUCAAACAGAAGGGAGAUUUUGUAAACGAAGAUGAGCUUGUUGCUGAGAUCGAGACUGAUAAGACAUCUGUCGAAGUACCGGCUCCUCAAUCUGGAACCAUUGUUGAGCUGCUUGUAGAAGAUGGAGCGAAGGUCACGGCUAAGCAGAAGCUGUACAAACUCGAGCCUGGGGCAGCUGGUGCCAGCGUGAGUUUUUGCCGUGUUUACUUGACCUCUAUACCAAGAACACCUCCCCCGGUACCACGUCCGCCUUCUGCACCCAUGUCCUCAGUUCCGGUUGCGAGCAUUCCGGUUCAACGCAUUACUGUACCAGCUGGCGCUUCCAAAGACAUGGCAAUAACUGGUGCCCGAGAAGAGGUUCGAGUGAAAAUGAAUCGGAUGAGGCUGCGGAUUGCAAGCCGUCUGAAGGACGCUCAGAAUACAUACGCAAUGUUGACAACUUUUAACGAAGUUGAUAUGAGCAAUGUUAUCGAAAUGCGAACGAAAUAUCAAAAAGAAUUCAUGAAGAAACACGGGAUCAAGUUAGGUCUCAUGUCACCAUUUAUCCGAGCGGCUGCUUAUGCCCUCACAGAAAACCCGGUCGUCAACGCAGUGAUCGACGAAAAUGAGAUCGUUUACCGGCAUUAUGUGGAUAUGUCAAUUGCUGUAGCGACUCCCAGGGGUUUAGUAGUCCCAGUACUUCGUAACGUAGAAACGAUGAAUUAUGCUCAAAUAGAAGCGGAACUUGCAUCGCUUGGAGAAAAGGCUCGCGAUAACAAGCUUGCUGUUGAAGACAUGGAAGGAGGAACUUUCACAAUCUCAAAUGGUGGUGUCUUUGGUUCAGUAUUUGGAACUCCAAUUAUAAACCCACCCCAAAGUGCAAUUUUGGGUAUGCACGGCAUAUUUGACAAGCCUGUUGCGAUCGAUGGCAAGGUUGAAAUUCGCCCAAUCAUGAAGGUAGCUCUAACCUACGAUCAUCGUCUGAUCGAUGGCCGAGAGGCAGUUACAUUCUUACGCAAGAUUAAAAGCUCAGUCGAGGAUCCACGCACAAUCCUAUUGAAUAUCUAA